AUGCGGAUUCUCUCCAUUCAUCAUCUCUGUGUGCUCGACGCAACAUCCUUAGACUCACCGAGCAGCACCUUUUUGCGUGACGACUCUAUGGCCAAAAACCCCCCAGCAGCUACUGCUGAGGCAGGUUCUGGGAAGAAACGUCACAAAGCCAAGAGCAACAAGCUUGCCAAGGAUAACAUGCUCUCUCGAAUAAUAGCCUCUGAAGAUGCGGAGGCCACGACUCCUACCCCACGAGAGCAUAAGAAGAAGAAGGGUAGGCCCGUGCCCAAACGGGUAGUUGCGACUCCGCGCUCUGGUCCAGCCUUUGACGCGCAUAUGUACGAUACUCCCCUGGAUUGGAGACCCGUUUACACCUUGCGCGACCGCGAAACCGUUCGGGAUGCAUUCGCUCGAGUUCGUGAGGUUCAACGCCAGGUCGAAUUUGACCUUAGACAGAUGCGUAACGCCCUGAGAAAGCGGGACUGGUAUGAGUCUGGUGACGACAGUGAUGCCAGGGUUGUCGCGGAUGAUACCGAUUCUAGUGGAAUACUUGCCGUAUAUCCAGCUCGGCGUACACCUUAG